AUAACAUCCCGUCGCCAAUGAGCGACGCGCUUCAAUUUUGGCGAUUUCGCGCACCGAACGCCCAGUUCUGCUCAGCGUGGACGCAACACAUUUGUUGCAAAUUCACUAAGCAAUCUCAAAUCUUUCGUUUGUAUAUUAUUUCAAAUAGAAUGGCAGUUGAGGAGACGACAGAGCCCCGUGAGUUGAUUACUACUGUGUCCCCUGACGCGCAUGAAGCCAUGGACUGGCUUUCCACUUGAGAGGAGGACACAUGGAGAACCCCGCGAAAUACCUCUCAGUGCACGAGAGCCACUCCGUCCCGUUACCUCUUGGGGAGAUUAUGUGGAACUCGACCGAAUCGGAGGCAACAUCCAACGGUGGAAAGGAAUUGGUCAUCCGGACAGUGACGGGCUGUUUGCUCUCCCUGCUCAUCCUGUGGACACUACUGGGAAACAUUAUGGUGUGCUCCGCCGUACUCCGAAUUCGGCACUUACGAAGUAAAGUGACCAACAUUUUCAUCGUUUCUUUGGCUGUGUCGGAUUUAUUCGUUGCAGUUCUGGUGAUGCCAUGGAAAGCUGUGGCCGAGGUGGCGGGGUAUUGGCCCUUUGGUACUUUUUGUAAUUACUGGGUGGCUUUUGAUAUCAUGUGCUCAACUGCGUCCAUCCUCAACCUCUGCAUUAUCAGCGUGGAUAGAUAUUGGGCCAUAUCAAGUCCGUUCCGGUACGAGAGAAAAAUGACCCAACGAGUUGCCUUCGUUAUGAUAAGCGUCACGUGGACGUUGUCUGUACUUAUUUCAUUCAUACCAGUCCAACUGAACUGGCACAAAGCCAGCGAAGACGAAACAGUUGGAGUCCAUAACGCCUCCUUGGGUGAAGUAGAAGAAAACUGUGACUCUAGCCUCAACAGAGAAUACGCCAUAUCUUCAUCUUUAAUAAGUUUCUACAUACCCGUAGCAAUUAUGAUUGUGACAUACACGAGAAUAUAUCGGAUUGCUCAGAUCCAAAUCAGGAGGAUAGCUUCCCUAGAGCGCGCGGCGGAGCACGCGACAAGUUGCAGGGCCAACAACAGACUCGAGUGCCAACACCACAAUACCUUGAAAACAUCUAUUAAAAGGGAAACCAAAGUUUUAAAAACGUUAUCGAUCAUUAUGGGCGUCUUUGUGUGUUGUUGGUUACCUUUCUUUAUUUUGAACUGCAUAGUUCCAUUUUGUGAUAAACCACCGACUGACAAAGACGCAGGUCUCCCUUGCGUGAGCGAGACAACUUUUGACGUUUUUGUUUGGUUCGGCUGGACUAAUUCAUCCAUGAAUCCUAUUAUUUACGCUUUUAACGCAGAGUUCAGAAAAGCAUUUGCCAGUCUGCUGGGUUGUCGUAAUUUCUGCUCCAGAACACCCGUUGAAACUGUAAACAUUAGCAACGAGCUGGUCUCUUACAACCAGGACACCCUUGUCCACAAAGAAAUCGUGAAUGCCUACGUCAAUAUGAUCCCCAACGUAGUGGAAUGCAUUGAGCACGAGGACACGUUUGACAGGAUAUCACAGUUAUCUCACAACAAUGAAAAUGCCACCGACUCUGUUUGUGACUUGGAAGACUGUGAGGCAGAUAUUAGCCUCGACAGGAUGACACCAUUCACCCCUAAUGGUUUACAUUGAAUACACCUCGACAGGAUGACACCAUUCACCUCCAAUGGUUUACAUUGAAUACACCUCAACAGGAUGACACCAUUCACCUCCAAUGGUUUACAUUGAAUACACUUGUAACACCUCGUGCGUAAAAUGAUGUAUUGCUUCAAUCAGAUAUUUGAGAUGUUGUGUUGUUGUCCCAUGCUGAAAAGUGACGUAAAUUGGUGUCUUAUUACAUAAGAAAAGUCUAUGUUUAUUAAUUUAUACUAAGGUUAUGGCUUCUAAGUUCUAUGUAUUCGGAGCAGCAGAUGUAAUGCAACCAGUUGCUCUUAUUGACCAAGUGGGUUCUAUUUGCGGUGAGGUACCCAUUAUUGAGUUCAGAUAUUAUACUGCUUAUCAUUUUCACGCUCAAUGACAGCGUGCCGGACUUUUACAGACUAUGGAAAAGGAGCAAAGCCUUACAAGGCAGUGUAACCACGCACGUUCAUCACAUGCAGUUGUUUAAAACGCCUUAUUUAUUCUGGGAAAGAGUGCAAUAUAGUUUUGAAACAAGGGAAAUGUUACAGGAUUGUAAUAUGUUUAAUUUAAACGAGGCCAAAAUAUUUAAAGUGCUCCUCUCUCUCUCUCUCUCUCUCUCUCUCUCUCUCUCUCUCUAUCUAUCUAUCUAUCUAUCCUGCUCUCUAUGUGUCUGUCUCUCUGUCGUACACAGACAUAACUGCACAGCAAAUUUGCCCACGCACACAUUAGACAAAGCAUUCUCAAUCGAAUUAUGCACAUAGAGCAGGCUUGCUUGACUUUAUCCAUAAUAAAUCCACACCGAUUCAAAUCGACUUAGGAACUGUUGGAAACCUUAACUUGACUGAUUUUGGUGAACACCUGCUAAGUACGAUAAGCUUAAUUAUUACUUAGUGGAUGUUCUAUUCUCUGUGUGAUAUUCUACCUCUCUAUUUGGUGAUACAAAUGGCCAAGAUGCACAAAUCCAACCGUCUCCAUGCGCCAAAGUAUGGCAUCCAUAUUAGGAAGUCCACCAGACAACAUACAUUAAGUUAAUUGACUUGAUGCAUCUCCCUCAUAGCCAGUUAAUGAUAAACUUUUAAGAUCACAUAUGUCUACAAAUUAAUCAACAAUUCAGAUGAUGUGCAAUGAGGUAAUACAGAAACUUGGUGUGAAACUCCACAGUGGGACCAUGGUCGGCUGGAUGUAGCCUACAUUUCACCUCAGCUAAUGUCCAUCUUUUGAUAAUGUACAAAUGGCAAUGAUAUUGAAUGUAUACUGUCAUUCAAACAGUGAAGUGUGUCAUCAUUUUGUAAUAAAAUGCUAUCUAGCAGAGA